UAAAUCAAAAUAAACAAUAUGGCGGUCGAUUGGCGGCCUUGUUACCUCCAUUUUAGUUUGCGUUUGCUGGGUCGUUUGCUGGACGUUUUAGAACGCUAGUUCAGUCGUACAUUUUGAAAGAAGAUGGAAAAAAGCCGCAAGAGGUCUCGUCAUCACUUUGAGAAGGAAGAUUCGCCCAUCAACGAAAGAGAAAGAUGUGUAGUUUGGGAAGACCAUCGCUCAUCCUUAGACGAUCUUUUCUUUCGCGACUGUGAUCUGAUCAAACGGGGAAGUCAAGAUUACAAAGACUUCUGGCUCUUUCUUGAGCGUUAUGAGGCCUUCAACAAGAAGCACGCGGAAAAGCAUCCUAGAGAUAAAGACGGGAAAGAAAAAACGUCUUCCAAACUAGGUCUUCCUUUAUCAUAUGAUAGAAGGUAUAAGAUAAAUGUUGCCCUUUUGUCAAAGGAUGUAACUGAUGUGAUGGGGUAUGGCACCACUGGAGCAAAGAAAGUUUUUUCCUUCUCUGACAAGAAACAUCGAAGACAUUCUAGAGAGCUAUCAAAGGAAGAGUUUUUAGAAUUCAAAUCCAUCCUUUUGUAUUAUAUUGAUUUCUGUCAAAAACAAAAGUUUUCCAAGUUAGUGAAGUUAAAGAAGGAUCAAGCAAACCUUCCCAUAAGUCAUUUCAGGGAACAGAUUGUUGAUGCAGUAAGUAACAAUCAGGUGGUGAUUAUUGCUGGAGAUACAGGCUGUGGAAAAUCAACACAGGUUCCUCAGUACCUAUUACAUGCUGGCUUCAUACGGAUUGCCUGCACUCAACCACGGAGAAUUGCUUGUAUCUCGUUGGCUAAAAGAGUCGGCUAUGAAACUCUGAAUGAGUAUGGAUCUCAAGUAGCUUAUCAGAUUCGAUUUGAAAGCAGCAAAACUCUGGGAACGAGAAUUUUGUUCCUGACAGAAGGCUUGUUGCUGCGCCAAUUAUCCACCGACCCCACCCUUAGUCAGUACAGUGUCGUCGUGGUAGAUGAGGUUCACGAGAGGCAUAUUCAUGGAGAUUUUUUACUGGGCGUGUUACGUGGCUUAGUCCAGGCCCGCGCUGAUCUCAAACUGGUUCUUAUGUCUGCCACUAUAAACAUCAGUCUGUUUGCGAGCUAUUUCACAGGUGCGCCAGUGAUUCAGAUCCCAGGUCGUUUGUAUCCCAUUGAAGUUCGAUACCAGCCUCCGAAAGUGGAGUUCUCGAGCAGUUCAAGACGAUGGGAGAAACUUGACCCUACUCCUUACGUCAGAAUCAUGCAGCUUAUAGAUCACAAGUACUCGUCAUCAGAGCGUGGAGAUGUUUUGAUGUUUCUCAGUGGCAUGUCGGAAAUCUCAGCGGUUGUUAAUGCUGCUAAGGAGUAUGCGCAACAGUCUCGCCGAUGGAUCAUACUUCCGCUUCACAGUUCCUUGUCAGUGGAAGAACAAGAUAAGGUUUUUGACGUGGCUCCUGAGGGCGUUCGAAAAUGUGUUGUGUCCACAAAUAUCGCCGAGACUUCCAUCACAAUAGACGGCAUCAGAUUCAUUGUGGACUCAGGAAAGGUAAAAGAGAUGAGCUUUGAUCCUGAGGCUAAAAUGCAGCGACUACGUGAGUUCUGGAUUAGUCAAGCCAGUGCUGAACAGCGCAAGGGAAGAGCCGGUCGCACGGGCCCUGGUGUGUGUUUUCGUUUGUAUUCUGAGAGUGACUACCAAGCCUUCUCGCAAUACACCACUCCUGAGAUUCAGCUUGUUCCUCUGGACUCCAUCAUUCUACAGAUGGUUGCCCUUGGCAUUCAUCGCAUCCGCGAGUUUCCCUUCAUAGAGCCUCCCCCAGCCUCCAACGUUGAAAAUUCAAUUCACACUCUUAAACAACAAGGCGCGCUAACUGAUGAUGAAACCUUGACUCCGAUUGGUCAGAUGCUGGGUCAACUGCCUGUUGAUGUCGUCAUAGGAAAGAUGCUUCUGAUUGGCUCAGUGUUUCACGUCAUCGAGCCCGUGAUGAUCAUAGCUGCUGCUCUUAGCGUCCAGUCCCCUUUUACGCAGAAGAUGGGGUAUGACUCGGUUGUGGCGUCACUAAGACAGCCACUAGAAUCUGACCAUGGAGAUCUGUUUACGCUACUGAAUGCCUAUGAUGAAUGGCUACAGGUUAAGAGUCAUGGAGGUUCUUCUCGGAAAUGGUGCAAGCGCAGAAGUCUGGAAGAGCAACGCUUCUACGAAAUGUCGAAGCUUAAGCGUCAGUUCGAGGCGUUAUUACGGGAUCAUCUCCUGAUGGAUCCCGAGGAACGGGAUGAAGACGAGGAUGAACGAGAUCGUGAAAAAGACAAAAGACGAGAAUUGAAGAAACUGAAACGAGACCAUCGAAAAACAACGAGGAAAGCCAAAAUACUGAAGCUAGAUGAAGACGAGCAGAGCGGAGGCGAGGAGGAACAGGAGGAGACUAAGACCGACAUCCGGGAUCUGGAAUUUAAACUUACUCAUGACUUAGACAAACUUGAAGCUGGGAGUACAGCCAGGCGAAGUUUCACAUUGCGAGAUAUCAAUCUACUUAAGAUUAUUCUCUGCAGUGGGCUAUACCCUAACCUUGCCUUGCCGGAUGAGAACAAUACGAAUAAAAGGGACUCAGAACAGUUGUUUCACAGUCAGUCGAAGCAGUUUCUUCAAGUUCUUCCUACCAGUGUGUUUGCCAAUCGGCCUCAGCUGCUGCAACUCACGGAAACUCCAGUUAACUAUCAGUUGCUGGCGUAUGUUUCCCUUCUGGAGACCACCAAACCAUAUUUGGUAAACGCCAUGCGGGUUCCAGCCCUGCAGACACUUCUUCUGUUUGCACAGAGUCUGGACACUAAUGCGGAAUUAACCCGCUGUGUUGUGGACUGUUGGCUUGAAAUCACUCUUCCGGACAACGCGACGGGACAGAAGGUAGUGACUGCUGUCCAGCAGUUACGCGCCACGUGGGCGCGUCUGUUGAAACUCCGAUUUGAAGAGAUUAAAGACAAGCGAGAGCGGAAUUCAGAAACGCGACGGAACAAAGAACUUGAUUUGGAGAAUCACCUGGCGAACAAACUGUCCGAAUUUCUAGACAGUGAUGUGUCCUACUCGCUCCGUCGCCUUCUGCCAUCUGAAAACCGGUAUUUGUACCGUGGUCCCCUGGGUGAAACUCAGAGCGAUGGCGAGUUUGGCAACGCGUUCCCUUUCACAGGAGGCUCGGAGCCACAUCCAACCAAAGGUGGCGUCCGUGUGAACGAAUACCUCACCUACAAUUGCCUUCAAGACACUCUUAUGGCAGAAGCUGCCUCAGCGGCUGCUCAAUUUAUUUCUAAGCACUGGCGUUGCGAGAAAUGCGGGAAGAAAAUGUUGGUGACUGUUUUAGAAAGAUUGCAGCAUCAAGAGGAAUGCCAGCAUGAACAGCCCGUGGACUCAAACCACUCAGCUGUCGCUGGCGUUGCGCAGUCGACAGAGAAAUCAGCUAACGUUGAUUCUUCGAUCGAACGAUUAAGAAAGCCAUAUUUCUGCAACACGUGUCAAUCACAAUUCUCGUUUACGAGUACUGAAAUUUUGAAACAUAAAAAGUCGCAUGUUUCUGGCUCGUCGACAUAGUGCAUGUAUUUCUCAAUUUUGCAAGAGACGAUUUAUUGUAAAAGAAUUCGUUUAGCCUACAUCUUCUGCUCAAUGAAAUUCCAUUCGUGUUUACAAACUGAUGGCGCUCCUGUCUGUCAAGUUCUCCGUCUUCAAACAACACUUAUCAGUGGAACCUACAUGUUUGCCUGUUGAAGCUAUGCUAAUGAACUUGAACCUUCCACGCAAUCAUUUAAAACACUCAUAAAAUAAGAAAGACCUUUUUUUAGGGUUUCUUACCUAAAGUGCUCGUUAGGUGGUACAUGAAGGCAAUUUGUAAUUUGUAUGAAUGUCGCACUAUCAAAUAGUAGCUACCAUCAACAGCCAAUCGGAUCAUCGUUUCUUAAACUGCAUCAAGGUGGUUUGCCGUUCAAUAUAUACUUCGAUUGACGCACUGUGUCAUUACACACUGCUAUUUACAGUAUUUUGUAGGGAAAUUCGAAAAGGUCGGGCUCAUCAAAAGACAUGGAUUUAUUCAGAGCGGUUUUAACUGUUGUGUUGAAAGCUGUAGGUACGUUACCAAGAGCUGACGUGAACUAAAGUGAAAAAAUAGAAUUAAAUUGACAAAAUUUACAUACGUUUAUCGAUAUAUUUUGAUUGUGUUACGUAUUUACAUGCUCCAAGAAGCAUUUUUUAAAGAUAAAAAUGUUGCACUCUCGAAGAAAUAC